AUGAACAGUCCACCCCUAUCGAACGAUGAGCGCCACUAUCGGAACCAGCUGUGGUGUGAGCGAAUAAAACAGCAGCAGCCACAGUACAACCCUUCGCGGCUGGGGCCAGAUGAACGCGUUACACUAAACGACGAGGCAGGUCGCGUUGUUCAACGCCCAACAAGCUCUUGCCUGCCAGAGCAUCGCAGACGCGGUCAAGGUCUGGGGCGGCCCCAUCGGGAACAUCCCGUCACACGGCUAUCCCAUCCGGUCGGCGACUGUACCGAAACCGACGGUGAAAUGGAUGAUACCCUGUCCGAGUUUGCCGGUGGCUGGUACAGCCCACGCCGACACCGCAGCCGCACGUCAACGAUGCGUCCGUCGACGUGGAAAAAAUUGAACCAGUGGCUUGACGCGCACCAGCAGGUCCGGAACGAAGGUAUGGAAAAAGUUCAAAGUAUGACCGAAUUGCGGUUUGCGGAGUAUAAUUCUAGCGAGGAGGAAACCAGCGAACAGUGCGAUGCUGCGGAAAAACAUAAGAAUGUGGAACAAGAGCCAGACGAGGCUAGUCAAGCACCAAGUGACGUACGACCGGAGAGCUCAGACGCAAGCAGGCUAGAAGUACCACCACCCAAAGACAAAUCCAUCGGUAUUGGGUACCAACUUCUUAAGAAUUUUAUGCUGUUGUUGCUGUACAUUAUCGAAACACUAUUGCCACUAACGUUUCCGCUGCUGGCGUUCCUGAAGAACCGUAUGAAGGCGGCGUUAGUGUACCUUUGGGUGCGUUUCAUUCAACCGAUUAUGACGCACGGUCCUCAGGUGAGGGAAGAUCCACUGUCGAUGGUCAUUAUGCUGCUGGUGCUCCCUUUGGUUGGUGUGUUGGGCGUCUGCUACUGUGUCGUUUGCAUUCUCUACUGGCUGCAUCGAUUGUUUCUGAUUGAACCUUAA